AAAGUUCUUUACCUGCUCCCUCGAGCUAAAUUGAGGGCCAAGGGGGUAACGUUGGUGAAUUGGACCUCCACUUAAAAUGGCAAUCAAACUGCAUCCGGUUGCGACAGGGAUUCCCCCGAGGGAAACUGGCUAGUACGAGAGCAGAGGGGGAGAAAACAACCCUGUUUGGACUGUAGCCAAGGUCGCUUUUUGUGUCAAACAAGAGAAACGGAUACGCUGUGGGUUAAAAAGGUGGAUUUUGGAGCAUUCAUUGCAACUGUUCUUUACUGUAUGGCACAAAUUACGAAGAAGUUGGACAUCAUUGUGGCUGCAGCUUGAAAAGUAUCUAGUACUUCAGGAGUUCACAGCGGAAGAUCUCCAAGGGGUAUUGGCAAUGGAAGAUGUCACCCAUUUUUUUGUGUGUUUUUGUUGGUAGUUUGUAUGGAUAUUUCCAAGAAUGUUCCCAAUUUUGGGAUCUUUUUGUUUUCAUCCCGCACAUUAGGUGGCAGCAAUACACAUUUUUGGGUGUACUCUGCCAUAAACCUUAAAGAAGAAGUAAUGGAAGCGAACAUAGUUAUUAUUACAUAUGUGACGUAACACACUUUAGCUAGUGUUACACCCUAGAAAGAAAAGUUCAACAACUGGUAAAGAAUCAAGUCAACUGCUAGUCUAAUAAACCGAAGAACAACUAUUCAGCACAGCCUACAUUUCAGCAACCACAGCAACUUCUUUUACGAUCGAAAAAGGCUUUCAACGCGUAUAUUGCUUGAAGAUCACAGACAAACAACCAGUAGGCAGUUGUAAUGGAAAACUAGAAGGCUGAAAACCCAUCAGGAUCAAAGGAGAAUCUCACCUCUUCUGAAAAACACUCUAAAACCAAAGAGGAUAAUCUAUCUACACAGUGAUCUGUCAGCCAGCAGUGACACUCUCAGACAAGACCUCAAAGAACAAACUGGUUGGAGCCAUGAACAAGCUGAAUCCUUUUAAAUCAACUCCCAAAAAGGACAAUGAAGAUGCAAAGUUACUCAGGGACAAGGAGAGGCAGGAAGAGGAAAAGCAAAAAACAGUGAUCCAGAGAGAGAGGAAGGAGAGAACUGAAACACAGCCGGCAGUUCCUCCCAGACCCACUGAAGAAGAGCUGAAGGAUACAGCCUUACAUGACAGACUGAAGAAGAGGGAGACGAAUGACAAUCAGGCUAACCGUAAUAUGAUGCAGAGUGAGAGGAAAGGGAAAACUGCUGAAACUCCAGUGGUUCCUCCUAGACCCACAGAAGAGGAGAUAAACAGACCAGCCAGACGUGGUCAGCAAAAUACAAAAAAAGACAAUCUGGACCAAUGUGAUGAUGAAUGCCUUAAAGAGGGUGAAUCUCUCUUCCCGGUGGUAAAAGAGGAGGGAGAGGACAAGGAUGAAGAAGAGGCCGUGGUUAAACUUACAGAUACCACAUCAGCCAAGAUGCGAGAACCCACGAGACACAAUCCUUUCAUGCCACGCAGUGCUGGAGGCAAGGGUAAAACCAAGAAGCGUGAACCCCAGCAGGGAGUUUCAGUCAGUGACUCAACAGAGAACAAAGGUGGAAAUAAAUCAUUAUUCGACCAAUUGGAGGUAUUCCGUAUUAAUCCAGCGGAGCCAGAGCAGCAGCAGAAUAUGGAUGGCCUGAUGGAGUGGUGGAGCACAGUGGAGCAGUGGGAAGACAUGCCUCAAGAGCAUGACAUGACUGAGAAAGAGGAGGCCAAGGUGUUUGCAGUGACAGCUGAGAAGGUGCAGAAAGGUAUCCGUGUGUUCAACAAGCUGUUCUCAGAGCGUGCAGAGAGCCUGUGGCAGCACGUCAUUGACCUUAACAGCAUUGCAGACGCCCUCGACUGUUUCAACAAGAAGACUAAGAUCGCCCAAAUCACUGGUGGUUCCACCAGCGCGGUAGGAGGCGUAUGUACCAUUGUAGGCCUCGCCCUGGCCCCCGUCACCUUCGGAACCUCUCUGAUUGUCACGGCGGUGGGGCUGGGCGUGGCCACGGCGGGCGGCCUCACCACGGCUGGAGCCGGAAUCUCCAACACGGUCAACAACUCCAUGGACCGCAAGAAGGUGGAGGCCAUCGUGACGGACUAUCAGGAGAAGAUAACCGACAUCAACAAGUGCAUGCUGUUCAUCAAGCAGGGGAUUGAGAGUCUGCGCAGGUUCGACCUGCUGAAGAUGAAGAAGCAUGCGUACAACCGCGACUUCCCGGGCCUCAACAACAUCUACGAGGAUGGUGCCAUGGCCGGGAAGGCCAUCCUCAUUAAUGCCAAUGAGAUGAUGCGUGUGGUGCAGAUAGCCAACGUGGCGGGCAGCACCGCUGCCAGAGCUGUCCAGAUUGCCAGCAUGGCCACCGGAGUGCUCACCGGCCUCUUUGUGGGCAUGGACAUCUACUUUGUGGCUAAGGACUCCAAGGAGCUGAAGAAGGGAGCCAAGUCAGAGUUUGCAGCCAAGAUCAGGGAGGUGGCGACCCAGCUGCAUGAUGGACUGGUGGAGCUCAAUGGCAUACGGGUUGAGCUGCAGUCCUCAGAUCCAGGCAACACCAAUGAGACCAACACCCAAAACACAGAUAAUACCAAUUACAGCAAAAAAAGAGACAUCUCUGAUGACGAUAUUAACAACUAUUAAACCUCUAUCAACAAAAGCAAUGUUGAUAACAGCAAUACUUCAAAUAACAGCCAUAAGACCAGAAAAAUCCUAAACUGUAUUUCCAACCCAUCUCUACAACGACACAUCCUGUCAGCAUUAACACUACUAGUAGCAACGUUGAGGCUCUGAUUCCCCAGUCUCUCUUUCAUAGCACAAGCUCCCAUGCCUGAAACAUUUUUUUUAGACUGCAAAAAUAGAACCAGAUGAUAUCUCCAGUCAUCACUGGCUUGGGUUAAGAACUGUUAUUAAAACUUACCUCUGUAAAAUCUAGCAAAAUAGUAUAUUGUAUAACGAGCUCAUGUCCACAUUUUCCCUUGUCUUGCCCCAAAGAGUUGUAUUGUAGUUGUGCGCAUUGUCUCAACAAUAUUAUCUACAGGACUUUAUGAAAAGUAAGGGUUGAAAGUUAAAUCAGUUUGUUCAUGGGGGCAGGAAACAGUUCACAGAUAGAAAUAUGUUUUUUUUUUUUAAUAUUA